AUGUCGUUCGCGUCUUCCAUCGUCGCGUCUUCUUCCUCUCAUCUUUUAUUGAAGAAGAAGAGAGUGACGAGAAGUGGAAAUGCAACGUCACCAAAAAAGACGACGACGGCGGCGAAAAUCAAAAGGAACAUCAACAGCCAUCAACAACACAGAGGACACAUCUCGUUGUCUUCAUCUUCUUCUUCCAAUUCUUCUUUAGUAACGAUGAUGAAGAUAAAAAGCAAGAGCAUAAAAAGCGCGCGGAACACGAAAACGAGAGGUGCGGUUUUAGACGUGGACGAGUCUCUUCCUUCCUUGGAAACCAAAGGCACGGAGCCUUUCGACUGGCACUCGCAGUGGUACCCGAUUGCAUUCGAGUGCGAUUUGGAAGACGACGCGCCGUAUGCGUUCACCUUAUUAGGCACGCCUUUGGUAUUUUGGAAGAACAAAAAGAGUGGUGCGAGCGAUGAUGCUCCGGAGUAUUCGUGCGUGGCGGAUAUGUGCCCGCACAGAUUGGCGCCGCUCUCCGAAGGACGCAUCAACGAUAAAGGGGAAAUCGAGUGUGGUUACCACGGAUGGACGUUUGAAGGGAAGAGCGGGAAGUGCACGUCUAUUCCACAACUUGGGAGCGAAGGUCCGGCGGUGGAUACCGCGCUGAAUUCGCCGCGCGCGUGCGCGACGCCGUAUUACACGAAAGUCGCGCAAGGCGUUUUGUGGUGCUACCCGACGAAAAUUGACGGGACGAAAACGGUGGACGAUUUACCACCUUUACCGUUGAUUCCAGAACUCGACGACCCGAUGUGCGUGUAUCAAGACGUCUUUCGAGAUUUGCCGAUGGACUAUUCGACUUUGUUAGAAAACGUGAUGGACGUUUCACACGUUCCGUUUACGCACCAUAACUCGGUCGGUAAGCGCGAAAACGCUACGCCGGUGGUGUUAGAACUCACCACGGAGGAUAAGAAAGUUUCACGAAACGGUUUCACCGGCGAGUGGAAGGAAGGACCACGAAAAGGAAAGUAUGGCACGCAAUACACGGAGUUUCAAGCGCCGGCGUUGAUGCGGCACACGCUCCGAACGGACCAGUUUACAACCUUGACGGUUGUGUACGCCGUUCCCAUCGCGCCGGGAAAGUGUCGUUUAAUCGCUCGAUUUCCAUUUAUUUUUAAAGCUGCGUUGCCGAGAAAGCUGUUCGGUUUGUUCCCGAAAUGGUACACGCACACGAAUCAAAACGCAAUCUUGGAAGACGAUCAAAUCUUCUUGCAUAAACAAGAACGUUUGAUUGAAAUUUCGAGAACUGUGAAGAAUGAAAAGUACGCCAAGGCGUGUUACAUGCCGUCCUCGGCGGACGUGUACGUGAACGCGUUUAGAAACUGGAUUGUGGACGUUGCCAACGGUGGUCCGUCUUGGCCUGAAGGUAUGAGCACAAAGUUACCACCGCAAGAAGAGACGAGAGAGGCUUUGUUGGACAGAUACCACGCGCAUACGAAGAACUGUAAAUCGUGCGCCCAAGCGUUGGCGAAGAUUGUCAUCUUCCGCAAGUUUUUGCGCGUGUUUUCAUUAGUUGCGUUGGCGGUGACGACGGCAUUUGUCGCCGCGUGCAUAUCUUCGUCGACGGCGUGGGUAUCAGCUAGUGCGAGUGGUUUGAAACCGGCGUAUUUGUGUGGCGUCUUGAGUGCGUUGGCGGCGAUUCUGCGAGAAAAACUUGGUCAAUUAGAGAAGAAAAUGAGAGUCGGUCCGUAUCCGCCGCCGAGACGCCCGCCUUCUAUGAUGGAAAAAGCCUUAGAAACUGCGAAAUUAGGCGGCGCGUUUUCAAUGUAA